AUGGUUCACCAGCUUUGUCUCAUAUCCACCAUCGAAUUCUCCAACUACAUCCAAACCAUCUCCACCCUACAGGCUAUCACCGGUCAAGUUCCCACGUCAAUUUCCACAUACUCCAUCAUCAGCAAACCAAUCAAUGUAUUUAAACCCAAAUUUGAACCUGGUAAAGUUAACCAAAUAGAACAAUUUUUCAUGAAAUCCAUAACUACUUGGGAUGAAGAUAUCAAUAUCAAUGAUCCUAUCAUAGAUAAACAGUUCACCAGUAAGCUAUUUACCGGAGAAAAUAAAAUAUGGACCCUUCAAAUCGCCGAUAUCCCCAUUGCUGGUAAAAAUCAAAUUUGUUCCUUACAAAAUAUCUAUGAAUCAACGUUAGUUUAUAAUUCUAAUGAUAAUUCGUUCCUCCAAUUCUUAAACGACUUGGGCUAUGAAGUGAUAAAUCAAUUCUGGAACAAAGGAUUACGGUUCUUUUAUGGAGAUAUAGUGAUAGAGAUUUAUAAGAUAUUUAUUCGAGAUGAUGGUCAACAGGAAGAAAAUCCUGACGAUAUGGAAGGAAUACAGAAGUCUGAUAAGAUCACAUUGAAGCUUCUAGAUGAAUCUAAUGGGUUUCAAAUCAAGGCUUUCAUAAAUGUUCCUAAGAGUACUGAUUUAGAUAUCAUUAAUCAGGGAUAUAAAGAUUUGGUUAAGUUACAGGAUAACCUUAAGGGGUUGGUGAAGUUUGAGAUUCCUGAUAGAAUAUUCAUGGACUCCAGAGUUAGUUCUACAUAA